AUGCCAGGAAACCUCGUCUCCCCGCCUGGUUCAAACACUCCUCCAACAGGCCGUACAAAGUCAAACGCUUUACAUUCCGCCUCCGAACCCGUUAGAUUCCGCUCUCGCCAUGGCUCAGAGCCAAUAAAUGCAGGCGCUCUUGCAAAGGCGCUUCAGGACUUUGAAAAUGUUGGCCGUCAAAGGGAAAGAACCCCUGGUAGUAGUCCGUGUCGGAAGCGACAGAGGGUAUACGGCGACAGGUUUAUUCCCAACCGUGAAGGACAAGACCUACAAGCAAGCUACAGCCUGUUGCAUGAAGAUGGCUGUCCUUCUACUCCGUCCAAGGGGAAGAGAAGACCUCCACACGGGGAAAUUCAUUUCCAAAAGAGUAAGGGUGCUGUCUGCAAUUUGAACGAAGGUAUUCUGUCUGACAAGCCUGUUGUAGCGGAGGAAGCAAACCGAACAUAUUCUCGAGUCCUUCGCAAUGAAUUCUUCGGCGACACCGUUCCACAGUCAGACCUGCACACGCUCUCACCCGAGCGAGCCAGCAACUCCCUUGAUCCUACCCGUUCGCACACCCCUCCAUCACAUAAGGCUGCCUCAUCCUUACCUCCAGCAAGCAUCACGCCUUCGACUCCGAGCAAAAACCUCUUCUCCUACUCUUCACCGAGAAAGGUGUCUGGAAACCCGACACCGUCUCGAACUCCCCACAGCGGCUCCAAUUUCAACGCUCAUUCCGAUAUCUACAGCCUGUCCCCAAUACGGUUUGAUAGCCAGCGAAUACUGCAAAGUCUGCGGAAGCAGCCAAGAUAUGUGAAUAAGGUGCCAUUCAAAGUCCUGGAUGCUCCCGAUUUGGCAGAUGACUUCUAUCUCAAUCUCGUAGACUGGGGAAGUACGAACAUUCUCGGAGUGGGAUUGGGGUCUGCUGUCUAUAUGUGGGACUCCGUCAAUGGCAAUGUUACAAAACUAUGCCAACUUAACGAAGAUACCGUUACCAGCGUUAGCUGGAUCCAAAGAGGAACCCAUCUCGCUAUUGGAACAGGUAGAGGCUUUGUUCAAAUCUGGGACGCGGAAAAUUGCCGGCGCUUGCGGACCAUGACUGGACAUACCCUUCGGGUAGGGGCCCUUGCCUGGAACGAUCACAUUCUUACUUCUGGCUCUCGCGACCGAAUAAUCUAUCAUCGUGAUGUUCGUUCUCCCGACCAGUAUCUCCGUCGAUUGACGGGCCAUAAGCAGGAGAUUUGUGGCCUCAAAUGGAACACGGAGGACGGCCAACUUGCAUCGGGUGGCAACGACAACAAGUUGCUAGUCUGGGAUAAGCUGAGUGAAACUCCGCUGUACCGCUUUUCCGACCAUACGGCGGCCGUCAAAGCUAUCGCUUGGUCGCCCCAUCAACAUUCCUUGCUCGCCUCAGGUGGAGGCACUGCGGACCGAACCAUCAAGUUCUGGAACACCGCCACCGGGAGUCUCAUCAAAGAAGUGGACACGGGCAGCCAGGUUUGCAAUCUGGCUUGGUCUAAAAAUUCCGACGAGAUCGUCAGCACGCACGGCUACAGCCAGAACCAGAUUGUAGUGUGGAAAUACCCUCGCAUGGAACAAAUUGCAUCGUUGACGGGCCACACGUUCCGUGUGCUAUAUCUGGCAAUGAGUCCAGACGGGCAGACUGUGGUAACGGGGGCGGGAGAUGAAACUCUACGGUUCUGGAAGAUAUUCAACAAGAAAGGGAUAAAGGAUCACGGCCGCGAGAGCAAGCUGGCCGGGUUGACUACGAUUCGAUAG